GCCAGCAAGACUCUUCUUUUGGCACACAUCCCCACAGCCUUGGAGGGCAGAUUUAUUCUGCGUGAGCUUUAAGCAGCCACAUCAGCACAGAUAAGAAACGCCAUUAAGGACGGACACGGUUUAAAAGGGCAGGUGUCGGGUCCAGGGAGGGCACUCCGCAGAGCAGCGCCACACUCACACACACACCGGCAGCCAUGACGUUCAACGGCACCUGGAAAGUGGACCGGAGCGAGAACUAUGAGAAAUUCAUGGAGCAGAUGGGCAUCAACAUGGUGAAGCGGAAACUGGCAUCUCAUGACAACCUGAAGAUCAUCAUAGAGCAGAGCGGAGACAAGUUCCAGGUGAAGGAGAGCAGUACGUUCCGCACGGUGGAGAUCAACUUCACCCUGGGUGUGAGCUUUGACUACAGCAUGGCUGAUGGGACUGAGCUGACCGGUUCCUGGGCCCUGGAGGGAGAAACACUUAAAGGGACAUUCAACCGGAAAGAUAAUGGAAAACAACUGCUUACUACCAGGAUUAUCUCUGGUGAUGAGCUGAUACAGUCCUACAACUAUGAAGGAGUCGAUGCCAAGAGGAUUUUCAAGCGGGGUUAAGGAACUACCAGUGAUCUGCAAAGAUGGCAAACCUCGCUUGAAAUUACCUGAAACUCUGCAGUGCUGCUCAAGUCUGAAGUUCCAUCUUUCUCCAUACUGCACACCUGUGUGAAUGACACCUCUGGUCUGAGAAUCACCAACACUUCCUGUACAACAUAUCACAUGGGCCAGAUGUUUACAGUUUAUGUCUACAGGUGGUGCUCUGCACAAGUUUAGAUAUUUAUGAAAAAUAAAGCCACUUCCCAAAUGCCA